AUGAUAUAUACAAAAAGAAAAAAUAUAGGAGAGCUUCUUUCACCUUAUCUUCAAAAGAAAGCACUUAAUUUUUUAGAAAAAGAAAUAUAUAAACAAAAUUCUGAUGCAACAUAUUUGAUUCAAAAAAUCAAAGAAUUAGAAACAAAAAAUAAUAAUCUUAAAAAAGAAUUAGAAGAAUUAAAAAAAGAAAUAUAUUCUUUAAAGAUGAAAGAAAUAAAAGCAAAUCAAGCAAAAGUAUUAUAUACUUCAAAAAUUCGAUCAGCAAUUCAAAAAGCUAAAAGAAUUACAUCUCAAAAUUUUCAAAAAUCA